UAAGAAAAAACAACUUUUUGUUAAAAGACCUGCAUCUAUUGGAUUCUUCAAGCUUAGGGGAACCUCUGGGUCCUUGUCCCAGCCCCAGCUGGGAUAUGGAGCGGAGACACAGAAGAUUGGGAAUUAUGUACCAACAGAAGAGAGAAAACUUGUAGUGGCUGAAGAAUAACAACACACAUUUUAAAUUUGGUGCUGAUAAGACUAGAGAUAUGAAGUCUUGUAAUAAAGAACUUUAUCCAGAACAUCAACUUGAUUCUAGCAAGAAAGGAUCAUCGAAAUUUUGUCAUAAAAAGAGGAAAACCAAUUUUGAAUUAGGGUUUGAUCGCUCUCCGAAUACUCAAACUACUCAGCAGUUCUAUCACAAUGUGAUGGCAGGAGAUAAGAAGAAUACUUCUCAGCCUAGACCAGUUUUCAACAGGGAUCAGCUGCUACAAACUUCAUUUAAGGUUGGAUUUGGGGAUACAAAUUAUGAAUUAUCUUCGAAAGAAUACAAUAUCACACAAGAAACCCAAAAAUUACAAAGAGUGAAGAAAGGAAUGGCUAAGGAUAAUGCUCAUAAUUUCUCUCUUGGAAACUCAAAGACUGUGUACACCACCAUGAACUCAGAAAGUUAUAAAAAGCUAGAUGCCCCUGUUGGAAGAAGUCAGAGUCCACCUAUGGCUGCCCACCAAUCUAUUAUUGGGCAACAACAUCAGCAACGGCUAAAAAUUCUUGGGAAAAUUGAAGAAGUGAUGAAGAGGAAAAAUGUGAAAUUUGACCAAAGAAGGAACAAAUUCAGCUCUACCUCAAAGGAUACCAAGAAGUUGUUACAAGAAUUUCGGAAAAGUAAUAUCACACUCGGCAAAGAUAACGAGUUUAAAAACAAGCACAGGAAUAUCCCAAUCCAAGAGACUGAUUUCAUGAAGCUGUCGCUUGACAAUUGACAAAUUGCUAGCAAGGGAAAACUCAACUCCAUCUCUAGUAUAAAGAUAGGCAGUACAGUUCCUGGCAAACUUAAGAGCUGAUACCAAGUCAACCAUCAUUCUGGGAAGCCAUCUAUGGAAGAAAAAGCUGAAAAUCAGAAAAUGAUUGAAAUGAGCAACAAAAGAAUGAGGGAUUCCAAUGUCUUCAGAGGAAAGCUUCAUGAAACUAAGAUGGAGACUUCUUACAAGCCUGCUGUUGCAACUGAGAAGCAGAGUCUAACCAAGGUGAAUAAGACCCAUUCUCACCUGUAUAUCCCAAAAGACAUACCUCAGUCGAACAAAUCUGAGACCAAAGAUAAGUUUAUUUUCAAUGAAAAGUGGCAAAGAGCUGAUAGAAGUGUGGAUAAGAGAAAAAUAAAGUCCAAGAUGAAUCCUAGUAAUCUGUUUGGCCACUAUAAAACUAAUAACCACAACAAACCAGAGAAGGUUAGCACAGCAAAACCAGCAGACAAAGAUCAAAUAAAAGGAAUUAAUGAUAUGAUGAAGGACCUGAGAAGUUCUCAUUUGAGUCUAGGAAAUCAGAAAUUUCAGAGUGCUUACUUAACUAAACCUGGCAAGAGAAGUUCUACUUCAAUGAGUGCAAGGCCAAAAGGAUUCAGCGUGGGAUUUAACAAUCAGCAGAGCCUUCUACCAAAACAUGGUGUAUUUAUGGGGGUUACCAAACCAGAUCUUACUACCAGCAAUCAGAUGUUUUACCAGUGGAUUCAACCAAAACCUACUAAACUGAGAUAAUUUUCAACAUUGGAAA